AUGGGCGAUAAUCCUAUAACUGGCGAGAUUCCUAGAUCAAUUGUCAAUCUCGUGAACUUGGAAGCCUUAGGGAUAGAGAACACCAUUCUUUCAGGUGCUAUCAUGUUUAAUGUGGGAAAUCUUCAACAUCUGAUGUUUUUGAUGCUCUCAAAUAGCAAUCUAUCGGGAAUGAUUCCAUCCUCUUUACAGAAGAUGAAGAAAUUGUCUUAUUUAUUUCUUGAUGGGAAUCACUUUCAUGGCCAUAUUCCUUCACAUCUAGAUAAGUGUCAAAGUCUGAUGUGGCUUGAUCUUUCUAACAACAAUCUCCGUGGUUCCAUCUUCUUAGCAGUUAAAACUCUCAUCUAUUUGAACUUGUCUCACAACCAUUUUAAUGGGGCCCUUCCGACGGACAUAGGACAAAUUGACCAUUUAGAGACUUUGGACAUUUCAAGCAAUAUGUUCGGUGGUGAAAUUCCGAGCACUCUAGGUUAUUGUGUUGGAUUGGUAAGAUUAGAAAUGAAGGAUAACCACUUGGAAGGAUCCAUUCCUCAAUCAUUUAGCUUUUUAAGAAGCAUUGAGAUAUUGGAUCUUUCAAAUAACAAUCUAUCAGGUGAGAUUCCGAAGUGCUUCGAGGCAUUUCCCUUCCUAGAAAUUCUGGAUUUAUCCUAUAAUAAUUUUGAAGGCAUGUUACCAACUGAAGGAGUCUUCAAGAAUGCAAGCGUCACUUUUGUUAUCGGAAACAACAAAAUCUGUGGAGGAAUCCCGGAAUUUCGGCUUCCUAAAUGCAUCUUUAGACACUCCAAGAGGGAAAGAGUUGUUCGUGAAUUGAAACUCGUGCUGUCUAUUACUUUUGGACUUCUAGGGGUGGUUCUUAUUCUGGUUUGUGCAUAUGUAUGUUGGUUGAAGAAGAAGAAAACAAAAGAACCAACUUCAAGUUCCAUAGCUGAUACUUGGAAAAACUUAUCUUAUGGAACUCUCCUUAAAGCGACCGAUGGUUUUUCUUCAACUAAUUUGAUUGGUGUUGGCAGUUUUGGAUCUGUUUACAAGGGGAUGCUCCAAGAGAAUGGGACCAAUGUUGCUGUGAAGGUGCUUAAUUUAACGCGUCAUGGUGCUUUGAAGAGUAAAGCUGAGUGCGAGGCUUUGAAGAAUAUAAAACACCGAAAUCUUUUGAAGGUAUUGACAGUGUGCUCGGGUACUAAUUAUGCUGGGAAUGACUUUAAGGCUUUGGUCUAUGAGUUCAUGGUCAAUGGUAGCCUCCAAGAGUGGUUGCACCCGUCUCCAAUGCCCGCUGAUGCAAAUGGGCCUUCAAAAAAUUUGAGUCUCAUCCAAAGGAUAAAAAUUUCCGUUGACAUUGCUUUUGCAUUGGAUUAUCUUCAUAACCAAUGCCACAAUGCCAUCGUUCAUUGUGAUCUAAAGCCAAGUAAUGUCCUUUUAGAUGCUGAGAUGGUCGGACAUAUAGGUGACUUUGGAUUGGCAAAAAUCCUCCUUGAAUCCACAUCUUACACAAGCACAAAUAUAAGCUCAGCUGGUUUGAGAGGAACAAUUGGUUAUGCUGCUCCAGAAUAUGGAAUGGGUAGUGUGAUUUCUAUUGAAGGUGAUGUCUAUAGUUAUGGCAUACUCUUGUUAGAGAUGUUCACAGGUCUCAGGCCCACAGCUGAGAUAUUCAAAGAAAAUUUGAACCUACAUAGUUUUGUUAAGGAAGCUUUGCCCGGACGAGUCCUAGAAAUUACCGAUCCCAUUCUAGUUCGAGAGGUGGAGAGCCAUGCAAGCGAAAGUAGAAAGAGCACGCUUCAGGAUUGUCUGCUAAUGGUCUACCGAAUUGGGAUCGCCUGCUCAGUUGGAGUCCCAGGAGAGCGAACGAGCAUUACAGAUGUAGCAGCUCAACUAUGUUCAAUUAGGGACAAGCUUUACGCAGCCGGCUUACAAGGAGAGGUAACACACUAA